AUGGUGUCUGCUGCCUUCAAUGGACACGCACACCGCAAUGCUGACUCACCACCACCACCACCACCACCACCACCACCACCACCACCACCACCACCACCACCACCACCACCACCAACACCACCACCACCACCACUGGCACCACCACCACCAAGUAUCAAGAAUGAUUAUUGUGUAGCAUUAUUGGAAAGUAUCCCAGUCCUGUCUUGUUGCUUCCAUCACUACUCCGGCAGACGGGAAGAAAUGUGGUCAGGGGGACGCAAACAAUACUACUGA